ACAACAAGUAAACGAAAAUGAGCGGCAAUCGUAACGAGCGACCAACAACCAGCGCAGGCGCAGCCGGCGGCGAUGGCAAUGACAGCGGCAACGGCAAGAACAACGACAAGGGCCAGGGGAAUGGAAGUGGAAUCGGAAAGGACAACGUCAGCGGCAUGGAUCGCAAGCGUUUCAAUGUCAAGAAAUGGAAUGGCGUUGCGCUCUGGUCCUGGGAUAUAGUCGUCGAUAACUGUGCCAUUUGUCGCAAUCAUAUUAUGGAUCCGUGCAUUCAAUGCCAGGCGAAUCAGUCGACCAACAGCGGCUCCGAGUGCACCGUCGCCUGGGGCUCGUGCAAUCAUGCCUUUCACUUCCAUUGCAUUUCGCAUUGGCUGAAGACACGUCCCGUCUGUCCCCUGGACAAUCUCGAGUGGAACUUUGAGAAAUAUGGACGUUAGACAGCUAUGGAGAUAUUUACCCAUUUAUAUAUGUAUG